ACAACCCUAGACAUUUUAAAAGUUACAUAUUACAUAGUGUCUAUGGACUGUCUCAUCUGCUGUAAAAAAUAUUGCAUUUUUCUAAAUUCAGUUUUGGAAAAUAUAAAUGAAUCAGAUUUUAAAUUGUUCUUUUUGGUGAGAUUACAAGCAAUAUAUGUUUAAUUCAAAUAAUUACUGGAAUAGAGCAACAAAUAUAUAAUGUGCUUCUAACUCUGAGGUUACCUCGAACCAAGAAAUAGAAUUAUUAUAAAUUAGGUACUGAAUCUUACUAUAAGUAAAGAAAUAUGAAUCAAGCACAUCUGCUAUUGAGAAAUACUAGUUACCUGAAUAAUGUAAUUGUAAGAAUACCGUACAAAUAUCCAUGUCUGAAUAUGACUAAAUCUUUUUCGAGCACAUCUGAGAUAAAUUCAGAUAAAGCAACUGCAUCAGCAUCAGAUCAUGGAGUAACUGUAGAGACAUCUGAAAAAACUGGAGGUUUUGCCAAAGCGUUUGAAAAACAGUCCCAUAUUCUUGACUCGCAGGAUAAACAAAAUCAUACUUUUGCAUCGUUGCUUCGCAAUUCAAAAUUAAUUGACCUAGGAGAUCCAGUAGGAAAAGUAGUUAUUGGCAAAAUCUUUCAUGUGGUUCAAGAUGAUUUGUAUAUAGAUUUUGGUUGGAAAUUUCACUGUGUAUGCACUCGACCUACGAACAGGGGUGAUGAAUAUGUGAGAGGAACAAGAGUCAGAAUACAAAUAAAUGACUUGGAAUUAUCAUCUAGGUUCCUCGGAUCAAAUUCAGACUUGACUUUACUAGAAGCAGAUUGUAAGUUAUUAGGAAUUGUCUCUACUCCAAUAAGAAAUAGUGAAAAGUUAUAAGUAUUAAAUAAUGCAACUGAUUAUUUUAUAAAGAAAUAGAUUAUAUAGUAAAAAAAU